AUGGCUACCAAGGAUGCUCAUGGCCAGCGGCCAGAUCCUCCCACUGCCGUGCCAGACCCGGCCACGCACUUGAGCGCGUACCUGCCCGCACUGCAAGCUGCCCUUGUCGCGGCUACUCGCCAUGCCUCGUCUCUUCCGGGGCCAUCGGACUUGUCCUUUCACAGGUCCAUUGACAAGGAUGUGUCUCGACGUGCCGAUCAGGCCAUCCAAGAGGUCACCUCCAUGGUCAGGAGCAUCGAGGCAUGGGCAGCGCGGGCUCAGGCCAAGGCCAAGGCCGGCACUAAGGGUGGAGUCGUAGAGGAAGCCCAAGACGAAGAGGAUCAGGCUACAGCCUUUGCAAGGAUCGCUGAGAUCGUAGAUGGGCUGCUGGAGAAGGCAGACAUCUGUCUGGACGAAUACUCGGGCAAGCUCGCGCCUAGAGCAUCUACCUCCGCCGCAUCGGUGUCCGCCUCCAACGGUACCGCCCAGAGACCUGCAGCGUCCAAUGGACAGGCGCCGCCCCGGAUGGGCAAGCUCCCCGCAGAGAUACUGAAUGCCCAGAUCGAGCCGCCUCAGCGCAGAUUCACCGAUAAGCCAGACAAUCGGCCCGACACAGUCUGGCACAGGGAGCUCUCGCUUGGCAAGCCGAACGCAAUCGUACCGGAAUCAUGGCGGCCUCCUCCACCUGGGCCGGGAGAGCCCAUCUUUGAACCAGGUACCGUGAGACAAGGCAUGUAUUGCGCAGAGGGCGAUCCCAAGGAAAAUCCUUACUUCUACGAGAUCCUCCACUCUGAGCCGCCAACAUACGUAUACCAACCGCCUUCAGAAGAAGAGCUUCAACCACCGCCUCCGCUCAUUGCCGAGGUACCGGAGGGCGUAUGCGGGGUCCCAUUCACCUGGAUUGACACCGCAGAGGGCGUCCAGCGUCUGGCGGAGCAUCUCGAGGAGGACAGGGUCAAAGAGAUUGCAAUUGAUCUCGAAGCUCACGCUCAUCGCUCUUACCAGGGCAUUGCUUGCCUGAUGCAGCUGUCCACUAGAUGGGGCGACUAUAUCCUCGACUUGCUUGCUGAUCCUGUACGCCUCAACACCGAAAGACUCAACACCUCUUUCACAAACGCUGGCAAAGUCAAGAUCCUGCAUGGAGCAGAACACGACAUCUUGUGGCUGCAGAGAGAUUGCGGUCUCUAUCUGGUUAACCUCUUCGACACCUAUCACGCCACGAAUGUGCUGUCGUUUCCUGGGCAUGGUCUUGCCUACCUCCUGAGCAGGUACUACGACUUUGAGGCUGACAAGCGAUAUCAGUUGGCAGACUGGAGGAUCAGACCUCUGCCAAAGGAGAUGAUGUACUAUGCCCGAAGCGACACCCAUUCCCUCAUCUACGUCUACAAUCGUCUGCGUGCUGAAAUCCUUACGACUGGUGGCAAGCCUGCAAUGGACGAAGUCUUCAACCGGUCCAAAAUUACGUCAGCCAGGAGGUACGCAAAGGAAGUUUGGGACGAGUAUGGCAACUCACGAGAAGGAUGGCGAUCCAUGUGGCGCAGGAUGGGCGGUGAAGAGGCUCGAGGCACGGACUUGAGAAUGGAGGUCAGUCAGAUGGGGCGGACGGAACGUCUAGUGAGGAGACUGCAUCAAUGGCGCGACGGCGUCGCAAGGGAUGAAGAUGAGAGUCCGAAGUACAUUCUCAGUGCACAGAACCUCCUCAACCUCGCCUCGCGUGCACCGAUGACCAAAUCGGAAGCCAUGGUCAUGUUCACGCCCGGUAUUCCUCCUGUCCGCAAGAGGGCAGGAGAAGUCGCCCGCAUCAUCAAAGAGGAGGUCCUAGCCUGGGAACAAGAU